AUGACGCAAUCCAACGUUGGUUCUUCUGGUGUCUACGAGGCUGGUGACCAGCGCAACGCCCCCCAGUCCGAGCUUCACAACGCUACCCGCUUCGAGGAGGGCAAGGAGCACUCUCACCAGGCUCUCGACUCUAAGGAUGAGCGUUCCAUCGCCAACCGUCUCGCCGCUGAGGAGAGCAAGAAGGACGAGGAAGACCCCCAGACCAAGGCUCUGAAGGAGGACCCCACUCUGCCUGCCAAGAUGCACGGCAACGAGCCUUCCCGAGGUGCCAAGAUUGACGCCGAGCUGCAACAAGAGGAGGAGGAGUACCUCAAGCGCAAGGGAAAGAACUAA